GCUGAGGAUGUCGACCAGGAUGUCUUGUGAAGAAAGCUGGUAAAGAAAACUGCCGGUCUUUGACUUCUCAUUUCGUCCGAUAGGAAUCCGAUCAUGAUCUCAGUUGGGCCCUCGCCGCGUGUAGCAGGUUCUAAAGAGCUCUUUACAAUUGUGACAUGUGGAGACUCUGAUUGGGUUUCUUUUCGACUUAUUCUCUUACCUUGCGACCAGUGCUGGGCGGUGGCGUGACUGGCAUCUCCUGUCUACGAUUGCCGAAAGCAAUCAUAUUCUAUUUGUGUCUCAUUAUUCUAUUUGUGUCUCAUUCUGAAAUCAUGUAAGGAGUUGGAAGUGGACUAGAACAUUUGAACGCGCGAACGUUAUGGGCUGAAUCAACUGACGCAAAGCUGACAUUUCUACAAAGGCUCGUAAGAACUUGGAUCAUCCGAUGUGGAAUCUUUCAGGAUUACUGUCAGCUGCCAAUCAAGACCAAUUCGCUUUCUAAUGACGACGAUCAGAAACUGGCAAUGGGUAGCAGGCAACACUUUCAUGAUCAGUCUCACCGAAGACUCGCGAAUCAUUGUUUGUCUCGAGAGCUGAAUCUAAGUUGUUUUCAAGAAAGGCAUCCCAUUCUCAGAUAUCCUAGUCAGAUGGCGAAUUCCGAUGCUGCCGGAGUGCAAUAACCAGAGCCGUCCGCCAGAGCACCCUUGAGUUCACCGCGCGGUGCGGAUGCCAAGGGAUAACGAAUCUAGACGUUCACUCUAGUGGCAAACGAGAUGAGCUCUUGCAAAUAAUGGGCAGUGAAUUUAAUGUCGUUUAUUUGUGAAGUUGUAGUGUGACACACUGCGAAGGACUUUCGAUCUCGGAUGCAUUGUGAGAACCUAAAGAUGUGCCAAAUAGCAUCUGGGUGAACGUUUGCAUCUGUUAGAGCGCUGGACGCUCAAAGUGAUGGGGCCAGAUGGACCUCGAGUGAGGCGGAAGAUCAUGAGCGGAAAGUGGGAGAAGCGCCUACAUCGCAAAGGAGUGAAGCUUUAUGGCACUCGCUGGUGUGCUCUCUGCAUUAAACAGAAAGGGUUACUGGCACAGCUUUGCUCCAGUUGGGAGAGGUUCUACGUUGACUGUGAUUCCCUGAAAAAUGUGCUCGAAUCUUCAACUGUGAAAAAGAUUCCAGCUUGGAGGGUGGCAGGAAAGUGGUACGUGGGAGCACAGUCGGAGGCAUCCUUGGAACAAUUGGCCAACUCGAGCUGGCAGGGAAUGCAGCGGUGGGAUGUUGCAGAGUACACCAGAAGGCACAAGAGACGAGGGAAGUGGGCGAAAGAGGAAUUUGCAGACAUCGUUAAACGCUCUAUUUUGAAGUCGAAGGUUGUCCACAGUCCACAGGUUGAUAUUAGCCCACCAUCUGCGGAGGGGCUGAACCAUGGCUUCAUGGCUCACAGUGCCGCAAGAAACUUCUUAGUCCUCGCGCUAGCUGCUGCAACUUUUACGAAGGAAAACUUCCAAAAGUUUUUAGACGCUACAAACUCGAGGGGUGCUGCUUUCAAGAAACGCUCGAUAUCUUUUUUGUGUACAACAUCCCAUGUGAAGAGUUGUGAGGAUCUCAGACAGAGACUAGCUGCUCCUCGUCCCCCGGAUCUCGAAACGUCAGAAACGAUUGUCAGUAAGGAUUGGCGCAUAGUUCAUCAAGAUUGCUUUUCGCCCUCUUGGAAGAACUCAGUUGGAAUAUUUAGCAGAACAUCUGGACUAUCCGGUAGAGAGAGCUGCACAGGAAAGAUGGCGAAAGAGGAGUCUACCGAGACUCUGGAUAAAAUGGCUGACAAGAAGGUCGCUCAUCUGCACGAGAUUCUCGGCUUCACCGAAGCCAAUAGGGAAACGUUCAGAAAGCUCCCUUCAACGAUCUUGGAAAGCUGGGGUAGUGGAUUGCGAAAUUUGAACGGAAUGAUCGUGAGACUCACAGGGUCCGCAUGUCACUUCAAAGUGACGACUGGUGGAAAUUAGGCUUAAUUACGGAAAUGCCAAAAUGAAUAAUGAUGGACUGAUCGGAAUCCGGUGACGGGUCUCGCAGAUUCUUGUACAGAACGUCGGAUUCCCAUUAACCUGAGCGUUGACAAAGCCUUCUGAGAGAUUGUCGAAGACCAAUCUUCUUUAGUUGGUUUAUGAGAAUGUAACAUUCCGGCUAGUAGAUUUUCUCGAAGAUUUUACACUGACCGGAGAUCAUCGUGUAGUGAUAAUCAUUACCUGAGUGAUACAAAAGUUUGUCGAUGAUCUGGCGACGAGUGUAGGAAAAGUCUAGGUCGACACGUGUCAGAUCAAUUCAAACUACACGUUUCCCCUUCCUUUGAUAUUUGCUUAUACUACACGUAAGCUUCCUUCUUCUCCUUCUCAUUGCUAUGUUCCUGAGUUAUUAAGUUUAAAAUUUACUAUUUUACUCGCCUCUCAGGCAUGAAACGUUUUCGUUCAAAAGAAAUACUCGAGGUCAUGUUCUAUGUCAGAACAGGAGGCAGCAGCCGGAAUUAUAAGCUGCUUUCGACCG